ACUAAACCUUUCAAUCUAUCUUUUCUUACAAACAAACCAACCAAACCUUUCAAUCUAUCUUUUCUUACAAACAAACCAACUAAACCUUUCAAUCUAUCUUUUCUUACAGACAAACCAACUAAACCUUUCAAUCUAUCUUUUCUUACAGACAAACCAACAAAGCCUUUCAAUCUAUCUUUUCUUACAAACAAACCAACUAAACCUUUCAAUCUAUCUUUUCUUACAGACAAACCAACUAAACCUUUCAAUCUUUCUUUUCUUACAAACAAACCAACUAAACCUUUCAAUCUAUCUUUUCUUACAGACAAACCAACUAAACCUUUCAAUCUAUCUUUUCUUACAAACAAACCAACUAAACCUUUCAAUCUAUCUUUUCUUACAAACAAACCAACUAAACCUUUCAAUCUAUCUUUUCUUACAGACAAACCAACUAAACCUUUCAAUCUAUCUUUUCUUACAGACAAACCAACCAAACCUUUCAAUCUAUCUUUUCUUACAAACAAAACAACUAAACCUUUCAAUCUAUCUUUUCUUACAGACAAACCAACUAAACCUUUCAAUCUUUCUUUUCUUACAAACAAACUAACAAAACCUUUCAAUCUAUCUUUUCUUACAGACAAACCAACUAAACCUUUCAAUCUAUCUUUUCUUACAGACAAACCAACUAAACCUUUCAAUCUAUCUUUUCUUACAGACAAACCAACUAAACCUUUCAAUCUAUCUUUUCUUACAAACAAACCAACUAAACCUUUCAAUCUAUCUUUUCUUACAAACAAACCAACUAAACCUUUCAAUCUAUCUUUUCUCACAGACAAACCAACUAAACCUUUCAAUCUAUCUUUUCUUACAGACAAACCAACUAAACCUUUCAAUCUUUCUUUUCUUACAAACAAGUACAAGAGCUACUAUAAACCUGAGCUACUAUAA